AUGGAUCAGGCCGUCGCCGGCGCUGCUGCGGCCCCCGGGCCCACCGGUCCGCCCGCCCCAGACUUAGGCCAGCUGGGCCAAUGGAUGGCGGAACAGCAGGUGCGGCUCCUGCGAGACCUGACUGCUCAACAGCAGGAGUCCCAGGCCACCCUCCUGCGCGGGUUGGCCCAAGCCCUGGGCGGAGGAGGGGCCGGCGCACCGCUUGGCCCAAGUCGAGGGACCCCCUUCCAGUUGACGAAGCUGGGAGAGACGGACGAGAUCGAUGCCUAUCUGGAGGCGUUCAAACGAACCGCGGAGGCCGCCCAGUGGCCUCAGGCCCAGUGGGCCUUCAUCCUCGGACCCUACCUGACGGGAGAAGCUCAAGCGGCCCUGCGAGCUCUGCCCAAGGAAGAGGGCGCCGAUUACCGGGCACUCAAGGCUGCCAUCCUCGACCGCUAUGAAGUGACCCCAGACUCUUACCGUCUCAAGUUCCGCGCUAUCACCUAUCGGAAGGUCGACCGGCCGCGGACCCUGGUCAACGCCCUCCGCGACGCGGCUCAUCGCUGGCUACGACCCGCGACGGAGGGGGAGAAGGGGAUCGUAGAUCAGGUAGUUCUGGAGCAACUACUGAACAUCCUCCCGCCAAAGGCCCGACAGUGGGUGGCCUGCAGCCGGCCAGCGACCCUGAAGGAGGCCACCGCGCUGUUCGAGAACUUCACGGCAGCAGCCGACCCCCGGGAACCCCCCCGCGAAGGGGGCAGCGGAAGUCGCCCCCAGGGUCCGGGCUUUCGGGGACCCGAAGCCCCCCGUACCGGAAGGGCCCGACCGGGCAAUCGAGAAGGCUCCAGCGGUCCCAGCAGGACAACGCCAUCGGCGCCACCACGCGAGGGCCUGUGGGGUCGCCCCCCACCAGGCCCCAACCGAGACGGGGCGCCAAAGACCGCCCGGGAAAACGAUGACCGGGGUCCCUGCUUCCGGUGCGGCCAGCGCGGCCACUACAUACGUGACUGCCCUCUGAUGGAGUGCGACGCGGGCUGGGAAGAGGCCUUCCCGGCUACAACUCCGCCUCCCCGGCCCCCGCCACUCCUGAUUCUGGUGGAGGUGUCGGGACGGCGGCUGUCGGCGUUCCUGGACAGCGGCAGCUCGGUGUCCAUGAUCCGCACCCGGCUGCUCCCCGCCGGGCUACCGGUCGUCCGGACCGCCACGGUGGCCUGCUUCCACGGCCACUCUGAAACAUACCCAGUGGUCCGCGUCCCCUUGUCAUGCCAGGGGCGGACCUGGGAGGUAGAGUUGGCCAGGGUCACCAACCUCCCCUACCCCGUACUUCUGGGCCGAGAUGUUCCUGAGUUCCACCAACACCUACAAGCCGCCCGGGGCCCCGAGGAGGCCCUCCCGGUGGAGAAACAGGACAACCAGCCGGGGCCCGCCCCGCAUCCAGGGGCCGACCUCCCUGACUGGCCUGCCGACCCAACGUUCGUCGCCCGCCAGACCGCCGACCCUACUCUCGAGAAGCUCCGAGACACAGUGGCGGUGAGUGAAGGGAUCGUACGGGACCCUCGGCGGGCGGGGAGACUGCCGCGGAUAGUCCAAGAAGGGGGCGUGUGGUACCGACUCACGACGGAGCGGGGUAGGGAAGUCCGCCAGCUCUUAGUGCCCCGGGAGUAUCGCGAGAUCGUCCUGCGGCACGCCCAUGAUCAUAACUGGGCUGGACAUCAAGGACCUCAUAACACGCUGGCCCGGGUGCUGACACGAUUCUUCUGGCCGGGGGUAGACCAGGCUGUCAAGAGCCACUGCCGGACCUGCGAGACGUGCCAACGGACUUCGGGGAGACACCCGCCGCGGGCCCCCCUGGCCCCCUUGCCUGUGAUCCACAGCCCCUUCGAGAGGGUAGCUAUGGACUUUGUGGGACCCUUGCCCCGGACCUCUCGGGGCCACCGCUUCAUCCUCGUCCUCAUGGACUACGCUACCCGAUACCCUGAGGCUAUACCCAUGCGGACUAUGCAGGCCCCGGGGGUGACCCGAGCCCUUAUUCGGUUUUUCGCCCAAGUGGGGUUACCCCGUGAGAUCGUCACGGAUUGUGGGACACCCUUCACGGCCUCAAUCACCCGCCAACUAUGCCGCACCAUGGGGAUACGCCAAAUUUUCACGUCGAUCUACCAUCCCCAGACAGACGGCUUAGUGGAGCGGUUUAACCAGACCCUGAAGCAGAUGCUCCGGAGGCUCGCCCACGACCGACCCGCCCAAUGGGACCUGUUCCUCGAUCCUCUCCUCUUUGCCGUACGAGAGUCGCCCCAGGCAUCGACGGGGUUCACUCCGUUUGAGCUAGUAUAUGGACGCAACCCACGCGGGAUCCUGGAGGUAAUGGAGGGGCAGUGGGCCACGACCCCGGCCCAACCGGGCCAGCCGGCCCCCGAAUACGUCCGGGGACUCAGAGAGCGCCUGGAGACCGUUCGCUCCUUGGCUCGACAGAACCUGGAGAAAGCCCAGGCCACGCAGAAGGCCCGCUAUGAUCGGGGAACCCGGGCCAGGAGCUUCCUCGAGGGCGACCGGGUUCUAGUGAGCCGCCGGGUCUUUGGACCGUCCAAGCAAGGGGACCCCUGGCAGGGCCCCUUCCGAGUCAAUCGAGUGUUAGGAUCCCAUUCCUACGAGGUGCAGUGUGGGCCAUCCCCUCGGCAGAACAAACGCCUGCACGUCAAUGAUCUAAAGGAGUGGUGCGAACGAUCGGCGGGGGAAUGCCAGCUGGCCGAUGACCCGUUGGAACCACCAGACGGGGAGCUCCCCUGGACGACGCGCCAGCCAGAAACCGCUUCCCCAGGGAUGGACGCUGCCCUACAACAAGAGUUGCAACAAGAACAACGGAGUUGCAACAAGAGCAACUCCGAGCGCUCCUGGACGAAGAAACAAUGGGACGCCGUAGCCCGCGAGGUAGAUGAGAUGCUACACCUAGGGGUAAUCCGUCCAUCAACCAGUGAGUGGAGGAGCCCCAUCGUCCUCGUGCCAAAGCCGGACGGGUCAGUGAGGUUCUGCGUCGACUAUCGGGAGGUUAACAAGGUAGCGAAGUUUGACGCAUACCCGAUGCCCCGGGCCGACGUCCUGAUUGACCAGUUAGGCACAGCCCGCUACCUCUCGGCUCUAGACCUGACAAAGGGGUACUGGCAGGUCCCCAUGGCGCCGGGGGACCAGGAAAAGACCGCGUUCGCCACUCCCCAGGGCCUCUUCGAGUUCCAGGUGAUGCCCUUCGGGCUGCACGGGGCGGCGGCCACCUUCCAGCGCUUGGUGGACCGGGCACUAACCCACUGUCAAGGAUUUGCCACCGCUUACAUCGAUGACAUCCUGAUAUACAGCCCAGAUUGGACGUCUCACCUUCGCCACCUCCGGCUCGUGCUUCAGGCUCUCCGCGACGCAGGCCUCAAAGCCAAUCCCACGAAGAGUCGUCUCGGCUUCCAGGAGCUCAAGUACCUGGGAUUCCUGGUAGGACGCGGACAGUUGCGUCCCCUACCAGACAAAGUGGCCUCCCUCGAGGCUUGCCCCCGACCGGGGACGAAGAAGCAGCUGCGCGGGUUCCUGGGGCUCGUCGGCUACUAUAGUAAGUUCAUUCCCCAGUACGCCAGCCGCGCCAGCCCCCUAACCGACUACUUGAAGAAGGACCAGCCGAACCGGGUCCAAUGGACACCCCAGGGCCAACGUGCCUUCGAGGACCUGAAGGCCGCCCUGUCCGCGAGCCCCGUACUCCGCAACCCCGACUUCGACAAGCCCUUCAUACUGCAAACAGAUGCAUCGGAUGCAGGGCUCGGGGCUGUCCUGUCGCAGGAGCACGAAGGUCAGGAGCACCCCGUCCUCUUCAUUAGCCGGAAGCUGCAGCCCGCCGAGCAAAAAUACGCCGUUGUCGAGAAGGAGGCACUGGCAGUUAAAUGGGCCGUCGGGGCCCUCCAAUACUAUCUUGUCAAUAACCCCUUCACCCUCGUGACGGACCACGCCCCCCUUCUCUGGAUGUCCCGGCUAAAGGACCAUAAUGCUAGAGUCUUACGGUGGUAUCUAUCCCUUCUUCCCUUCAGCUUUACGAUCCGCCACCGCCCGGGGAAGUUGCACGCCAAUGCCGACUUCCUCUCCCGGAUGUUCGCCGAAGACGGAAGGCCCGGCACGACGCUCAGGGGGGGGGUGUGUCCGAGGGGCGGCGGUGCCACGCCCUCGGACUCCGCGACCCCCACCCCCUCCCUCGCCCCCGCCGGCGAAGAGACCUACCUGCGGCCCCUGGAGACGGCCGGGAGACACGCCGGGAGGAACACCGGCGCGGCCACGGGAGCGCCGCCCAGACGAGGAGGCCCCUUCGACCCCCCGGCGGAGCUGACGGCCGCGGCCGCCGGCCCGCCGAGGCCAGGAGCCCGGCGCCGAGCAGCAAGCAGCCGCGGAGGGGGAAGGCCGUCCUCUCGGCCGCAACCGCAACCCCGGCAACCAGGGCCCGCGCCGGCAGGACGCCGCAGCCACGGGCGAGGCAGAGCGCGGCCGCCCAGGAAGCCGGGCCGCGGCGGGACGCCCGCGCCGGCGCAGAGCUCGAAGGGGAACCGCAUCCCCCAGCAGGCCAAGGGAGGGGCCAGUCGCGUUUGUCGCUCGGAGGAGGCAGACGCGUUGUUCUGCCUUCCCGAGCGUUGGGCGCGGCGGCGCGAGCGGCGGCGAUCAGGGACGGUGUUGGAGCGUCCCAGCAGCAGCGGCUCGAUUGCGGCGGCGGCGGAGGAUCCGUUUCGGCCGGGUCCUUCUGGCCUGGGCAAAGGAGCGGCGCAGUCUAGGCGCGGCUAUAGCGGCGGCGGCUGUGUGCUGCGCUGCGCAGCCCCCCCCCUUUUUUAG